AUGUCGAGUAGGAGGCAUAGAAGAUCGAAUUUGGAAGGAGAGGGAUUUAUUGCUAGUUGGAAAACUUCGCUCAGAAGAGUCAGACGCGAUGCACCGACAUUCCUGGACGUCUUUUACGUAGUCGCCUUGGUCGCCGUCCUCUUGGUCGUUGAUGUCUUCUACAUCGGUCAUAAGCACAGCAACGAGCUAAAGAAAAUGUCAGCGCUUCAUAAUGAAGAAAUGAUGGAGAUGCACGCGCGUUUUCAAGAACAGGUGAAAAAAGUGAACCAGGCGCAUCACGAAAUCAGGGACCAGAAAUCGAAUGACCACGCCAAAGCGAAUCAAAAAUUAAAAGACCUGACUUCCAAAGAAAUCGACAAUCUUGUCAAUAAUAUCAAAGACCAACUCGCUCAACUCAAAGAAAUCCAACAUGACGCGAUUGACUCGCAUCAUGACGAAUCCCAUGGCGACCACGAUUCUCAAGGCGCUCAAGAAGAGCAUCAGGAAGAAUCGAAAGAAGCGCCUGAGCAAAACUAG